GAAAGUCAAUCGUGAAUGUUUAGAUUAAACGUACUAGUUAUCGACUAUGCUUGCUCAUGAGUUAAUAUGCGCUCAAAUAGAGCCAUCUUUCCGCAUUUUUGAGAGAUUCAAAAGUUGGGAAAAAGAAUCUAAAGUAAACAGCCUUACUGAUAAUACUACGGUCUGUUGUGAGCUAAUUGAAGCUAAUGCUAGUUUGCAGCAUGAAUUGUUCAAAAUUUUAAGGUUGUUCGUGACACAAGGUAGCCUUUGUACAGAAAGUAACAAAGUAUUUCCUGAAGCCUUUGUUGAGGAAACAAUUAAAAAGUCUUAUCGGUCACCGGUAAUGAUUUCAGAAAAUAACUUCCGUCAAAAUCAGAGGGACUUACAUUCAUGUACCAAUAUACAUCCGACGGCAAAAGAUUAUCGUGAUAAUUUGGAUUAUUCGAAAAGCUUACCAAGUUUAGAAAAUGAGAUUUUAGAACGCUUAAUACAAAGUCAAAUUCAAUGUGAUAGAUUAACCAAUCAACUAAAAGCUCAAAGUAUGGAAUUUAUUCAACCUAAUAUAGAAAAUAAAUCAAUUUACUCUACUCAAAAGCGACCCAGAGCUAUGGUAGAUGCUGAAAGCAUAGUGGCUUCUCCUGUAUCGGAAUACGAUCUUAAUAAACAAGUAAAUGAACGAUGUGAUGAUGAUAUUUAUCCUCAGGAAAGUGAUAAUUCUUUCAUUUCUAAUGAUCAUCUGGUGAAAUUUGUUGAAGAUAAAAAUGUUACAAGUCAUCUUCAAAGUUGGCUUUCUCCUUUGGUUAGCCGAUAUAAUGAUCUAUUCACGAAUUUACGAGUGUCGUGUAUGGAUCAUCUACAAUCAUUAGGUCAAUCUGAUUGUGCAAGGAAUCAACGCUUGAUUUUUCACGCGGUUCAAGCCGGCUUCACUGUCACCAGCCAUGUGAUCCAUCGUCUUCCCAGUUACACCCAAAAAGAAAAUUAUGUGUCAAGGAAUGUUGGUGAGCGACAAUUCUCCGCAUCAGACAUAUCGCUCAAUGCUGAUCAAUUAGAUAAACUUGUAGCCGCAACAUUCAGGCGUCUUUCACGUCACGCUCCACCAGAAUGCGCAUGUCAUACUUCAAUUACUUCGAUGAGUGGGACAAAUAUUAAACGGCCUAUUUCCAUAAGACGACCUGUGACAUCUCAGGAACUGACUGCUUUAGAUAACCUUCUAAAGGAAGUUUGUUGUCUGGCUUGGCACCUACUGGCUGGAAAAAAGAGUCCACAACUAGAUAUUGAAUCAGAUGGAGUUCAAUCUACUUGGUAUGCAGAUGUGGAUAGAGCUGCAAAACCUGGUGAUCCAUACAAUGACAAAUGUUAUCGAAGAAGCUAUGAUUCAGACCCAUCUGCUGGUCAAGUUCACCAUUACAUUUGGCCAUGUUUAAUUUUAUAUAAUCAAAGGCCUACUGAAAUUCAACAGCGAUUUCAAUCAACAAAAAUGGAUAAGACUAAUAGAUGUAAAUCGGUUAAAGCAUGUAUUUUGGUGAAGGGAGAAGCAUGUACACGUAAUCCAAUAUAUGCAGCAUCGCAAAAAGAUAAAGCUGCUGCUUUAUUAAAUCAUGAAUAUUCUUGUCAGAAUGUGUGUAGAUGCACGUCACCGCAGAAAUAUGGCAGAUCAAGAUCAGCAUCAAUUCGGAGAGUCUAGCAAAUAUUGCUUUGCUUUUAGAAAGAAACAUAGUGUUGACAAUUUAUUCAGAAAGCUUUGUUUAUUCAGUAAAAAAAUUCGGAAUGGUCUGCAUCAAUUAAUCUUUAUAGUUAUUCUGUAACAAAUCAAUUAGCUGUUGAAUUUAUAACUUUUUAUGUCUUUUAUGAUCAUUAUUAUUAUUACUGUAGUAGUAUUGACUGUGUUUAUAAUUUAACAAAACCAUGACGAAUUUUGUACAAAACAGUUAUUUCGCAUAGAUUUUUAAAUAAAAUUUCUAUUUUAU